UAUGACUCAAAAGAUACCCUUUUCCAAUCAACAUGUUUGGCCAAGUGCCCCAGCAUUCCAUUGUAUGCAUUGCUUGGUUGUUGUAUCAGCUUCUGGUCUUUAUGUUUUAGUUUUGGUUAAUACUUGAAUAUGUAAAAACUAUGUGCGAAGCUAUCUGGUCGGUAUUGGAGUGACAGUUCAAAAGGGUCUUAGAUAGAUCAGGUCACCACACUGAAAUUUGUCCAAAUUGAUUGUCACUGGUUCUUGUUUUCACUCAGAAUUAUGCACGAGAAGCUUCGUCUGUUGCCUUUGGUAUAUAUGUAUUGGUCUAAACUUUCGUGACAGAAUGGAACAGGAAGAUGAAAACUUGUUUUUGAACAUCUAAUAUAUAUGACCAUUGUUUUGCAUUUACAACAAUCAAGUAUGACUUGUACUUAUUUCCACUGACAUUGUUCCUCACAUAGUUGUAGCUAUGGACAUUGGAGAUGAAGUUAUGGAAAACACUAUUCCUUCUCUCAUUAAAGAUUCCCUCGAGUCUACUCAGAAAGGCAAGGUAGGUUCUCCAGAAGACAUUGCUUGGGUUGAUUCCUGCCUGAUUAAGGAAUCUGAUAUUUCAGAUGAUAACUGGAAUUCUCUGAAAGCUGCACUAGUAGAAAUCCUCGAUUCUCAUCCUGAAUCACUCGGCUCUUCUUCAGGGAUAAGUAAUGAAUUACAAGGGGAAACAUACAUUGAGAUUCAUCCUUCUAGUGAGGAGGCAGAACCAAAUCGCUUCUCUAUUAGGGAAGAAUUGGAGACAUUAGAUGAUGAUGUUCAAACCAAUGACGAUAUUCCAAUUAGCAAGAAUGCUUAUGAUUUGCAGUCAUUUACUUUUGUAAAAUUUCUUUUCGGACUCUUGAUAAAUGUAUGGCCGAUUUGGUUGCACUCAAGGCAAGUAUUUCCUUCAUACACUGAGUAUGGGUUCUAG